CAGUUGAGCUUUUAGAAGAACAAACGAGGAAGCGGAGUGAAGCAGAAAAAGCGUCGCUCCGUCAACUCAACAGAAGGACAGGAGAGCAAACACCAGAAAACAAACUAGCAGAAACUAACCUGCGUUUUAAACUCCUCUGCUCGGGAAACAGAAAAACUGUCCAGCUGCUCCAGAGACGAGCUUUUUUUUUCUUUCUCUUUCUCGUUUCCUCCCCUCAUCUCCUGACACCGACAACAGGUGAGCUUCACCGGGCGGACCGGGCUGCUGCACACACACACACACACCGGGAAUCAUGGCAGAUUCGGCGGCGGCCAACAGCGACGGCGAGGACGGACCCCGCGAGCCCAUGCGGGGCUUCGCGCGCCAGGGGGCUCUCCGGCAGAAGAACGUGCACGAGGUGAAGGACCACAAAUUCAUCGCGCGCUUCUUCAAGCAGCCCACCUUCUGCAGCCACUGCACCGACUUCAUCUGGGGUUUUGGCAAGCAGGGAUUCCAAUGUCAAGUGUGCUGUUUCGUGGUUCACAAACGUUGCCAUGAGUUUGUCACUUUCUCCUGUCCAGGAGCUGAUAAAGGACCUGCCUCAGAUGAUCCAAGGGCAAAGCAUAAGUUUAAGAUCCACACCUACUCUAGCCCGACCUUCUGUGACCACUGUGGCUCUCUACUCUACGGCCUCCUACACCAGGGCAUGAGAUGUGACCACUGUAUGAUGAACAUCCAUAAGCGCUGUGUGGCCAACGUCCCCAGCCUGUGUGGAACAGACCACACUGAGAGGAGAGGUCGCAUCCAGAUCACUGCUGAGGUCAAGACUAAUGUUCUCACUGUUACCAUCAAAGAGGCCAGGAACCUGGUUCCCAUGGACCCCAACGGUCUGUCAGACCCCUAUGUGAAGCUCAAACUGAUCCCAGAUCCUCGCAGCGAGAGUAAACAGAAGACCAAGACCAUAAAGUGCUGCCUCAACCCCACCUGGAAUGAGACCUUUAAAUUUCACCUGAAGGAGUACGACAAGGACCGCCGUCUGUCCGUGGAGGUGUGGGACUGGGACCUGACCAGCCGCAACGACUUCAUGGGAUCGCUGUCCUUCGGCAUCUCAGAACUCCAGAAACUAGGAGUGGACGGAUGGUUUAAGCUGCUCUCCCAGGAAGAAGGCGAGUACUUCAACGUUCCCGUCGCUCCGGAGGGGGAGGAGGGCAACGAGGAGCUACGACAGAAAUUUGAGAGAGCUAAGAUUGGUCCAGGCAAGCACACAGAAGGCAAGUCUGCCAAUGCUGCAUCCCGGUUUGACUCCAAUGGCAACCAGGAUCGCAUGAAGUUGGCCGACUUUAACUUCCUGAUGGUGCUGGGCAAGGGCAGCUUCGGAAAGGUGAUGCUGGCGGAGCGCAAGGGGACAGAGGAGCUGUUUGCCAUAAAGAUCCUGAAGAAGGACGUUGUGAUCCAGGAUGAUGACGUGGAGUGCACCAUGGUGGAGAAGAGAGUGUUAGCUCUGGCCGGAAAGCCUCCGUUCUUAACACAGCUGCACUCCACCUUCCAGUCUAUGGACCGUUUGUAUUUCGUCAUGGAGUACAUAAACGGCGGCGAUCUCAUGUAUCAGAUACAGCAGGUCGGCAAGUUCAAAGAGCCCCAUGCUGUGUUCUAUGCUGCUGAGAUCGCCAUUGGUCUGUUUUUCCUACAUCAAAAGGGCAUCAUCUACAGAGACCUGAAGCUGGACAAUGUCAUGCUGGACUGUGAGGGCCACAUUAAGAUCGCAGACUUUGGCAUGUGUAAAGAAAACAUGAAUGACGGAGUCACCACCAAGACCUUCUGUGGAACACCAGACUACAUCGCUCCUGAGAUUAUCGCCUACCAACCUUAUGGAAAAUCUGUGGACUGGUGGGCCUUUGGAGUAUUGCUGUAUGAGAUGUUGGCUGGACAGCCUCCAUUUGAUGGCGAGGACGAGGAUGAGUUAUUUCAGUCCAUCAUGGAGCAUCACGUCUCCUAUCCCAAGUCCAUGUCCAAGGAGGCUGUCGCUAUCUGUAAAGGGCUGAUGACGAAGCAUCCAGCGAAGCGACUGGGCUGUGGUCCGGAGGGGGAGAGAGACAUUCGAGAGCACAGCUUCUUCCGCUACAUGGACUGGGAGAAACUGGAGAACAAGGAGGUGCAGCCUCCUUUCAAACCCAGAGCUUGCGGACGGGAUGCCGAGAACUUUGACCGUUUUUUCACACGCCACCCGCCGGUGCUGACCCCUCCUGACGAGGAAGUGAUUCAGAACCUGGACCAAGACGAGUUCCAGGGAUUCUCCUUUAUCAACCCCGAGUUCCCAGGAAACGCUGCUACCACCACUGACACCGAGCAGGCUUGAUUUCAGCUCAUGCACAGACACAUGGACACACACACACACACACAAAUAUAUACACAAUCCUCUCUCUGGUAUCAGCCAUGCAUACCCUGGAACAUGCACAAACAUGUUAACUUUAAAUAUCAUGGAAGACAUGAAGUCAUGACGAACAGAUUCAACUUUGAACACACAUUUCUUGUUCACACUGUUGCAGCUCAGAUGAUGUGUUGGCUCUUAUCUGAAGGUGAAAAACCUGACUGCAUGUACUGUAGCACUCUGGUGGACGUAGGAAACUAAACUGAGUAGUUGAGCUAAUUGUAUUUAAAGAAAUCUUUCAUGCUCAUUUGUAAUCACAUUAUUGCUACAGUUUGCCACUGACUUUGUCUUAGCAUCAUUUUUGAGAGGCUUGUUACUAUAAACUAGUGUUUUAAUGUUAUGCAUGAUCCAGUAAAUAUCAUAUGCAGAGAAACCAGAAGCUUCUCAUUCACCACAAGCUUUUUGAAUCCAAAUGAUUUUGCAUUUUGGAUGAUUUUCAACUGAUCCUGCUCACAGUGUGAACAACAAAUUGUGUUCACUUCACCAUACAUGAUCAGAAUAAGGAUUACAAAUUAAUUGGGGCCUUUUAAAGUUCAGAAAUUUUAGAAUUUCAACUCAGAGACAAAAUUGUUUGGAUAAUUAGAGCAUCAUUUUUACAUAACUGAAGAGCAAUUUAACUGACACAAGCAUGUUUAUUUGAUAAAAAAUAUCCAACUUCGCUACAGAAUAUCAACAAGUCAGCUCACACUUACACACAACUGCAAGGUUUCCUGUGUAACAUAGCUGCAGAAGUCCAUGUUAAGACUUUUAUUUGGGUGGAAAUUGUGAUUUUUACCUUUUCUUUUCCUCAUUUCUCAGCUAUUCCAGCACAUUUUGGUUUAGGCUUGUAAUUUCUGUGUGCUUUUUUAAUAAGUGUACAAUAAUAAUAAUAGUGUCUGUAUCCUUAUAUUAGCUAAAACUGGAAUGCUUGACAUACGUGCAUGAGAUUCUAUAUCAAGAAUAGCCCUGGAUCUUGUCUCCCAAUGGCAUUUUAACAAAAUAUUGUACCACAAAUAUCAGAUUUUUCAUCUGCUGAUUAGUGUCCACCCAACACUGAGGUCAGAAUGAUAAAAUGUGGUUGGGAAAUGUAGUCUUUAUAGAGGGUGUGAGUCAGUGAAAUAGAUAGAUAGAUAAUACUAUUUCUUAUACUCUGUUAUCUUGUAUUUAAGCAAUGAAAGAGACUAGCGGUUAGUUUCUUUGUGUUUUACAGAAGCAUGAUUCCAAUACCUGGGCAUUUGUUUACAGAGUGUGUGUGUGUGUGCACAUGUAUGUUUUCUAUGUGUGUGAACAAGUAUUGUGCAUAAAAAUGCACGUUUGCAUUUUCGUAUGUGUCCAUAUUGCCUUCCCAGCGCCUUGCCUGGCCUAGUGUUUACGUUUGUUUGUUUGUAUGGCGAAUAUCAGCAGCCCCUUCAUAUUAAGCAGUAUUAGUAGGGUUUCACUUUGCUUUCGGUUAGCAGCUCAACGAGUUGCAAAAAAGGAAAUAACAGACAGCGGUAAAGGAGAAAAAUAAGCGUUUAAUGUAAAAGUGCAUUUUAAUUGGAACAAUAGCUUUCAGUCAUGGACUAAUCUUAACAGCUUUCUUAAAUUUUGUUUUUCAAUCAGCAUUGGCUGCAGUCUCCACCCAUAGAGUCCCUGGACAGCACCACCUUAGAUCCAUGGCUGAUUUUUUUUUAAAAAAGUUCUCGUCUGGCUAUCUCAUAUUUGUCCGAUUUCUUUUUCUAUUCAUACAAAUGUUAUUAACCCUUAGAUGCACGAGUAUUGGACCGUACACUCUUCCAUAAGUGGGUCAAAAAUCACCCGUAUAAGAAGCAAUGUGUUUUUCCGCAGUUUUUUUGUCAUUUUGGUUAAGAAUAGUCAUUUGUGUUAUUGUUUGUAUUAUAUUUUGAUCCACUCAAUAAUGAUUUCAUGUUUGAAAUACAUUUAUUUUUUGAUUUACAACAGAUUUUGAACAUUUUGAUGAUUGAAAAAGAAGAUUACACAGAACAGCAUGUCAACAUCCAUUUUGUUGACAUUUUUCCAACAUUACAUAAAGCAAUGUUAGCUUGUUUAGUUUGCUUGCUAGUGGAACUAUAAAGUAGGCUAAUUUGAUGAUACAUAAUAAUAAUAAUAACUCAUAUUCUUUCAUGCAAAAAUCAUGAAUGUGCAAGUACGUUGAAAAAUAUCAAUUUGAUGGCAUCUAAUUUCUUCUGAGAUAAAAAAUGUAGAUAAUACUUACAUGCAUCAGGUCUCGCUAUGUAAAAUAAUCUUCCUGAUUGGUGACACUUCUGACAUAGUGUGUGUGGUCCACAGUAAAUAUAUUCCUGACAGUCACAAUUGAUAAGAAUCUCAGGUUUCCAUGAGAUUCUACAGGAAAUGCAUGUGGGUCAUUUUUGACCCACUUAUGGAAGCUUGGAGUAGUAAUACAAAUAUUAUAAUUUCUUAAAAAGUAUAAAAGGUAACUUAAAAAUUUAAAUGGAAUGAUAUCAAAAACAUGUUUUUUGAGGAAUAGCUGGAGCAUCAAAUAAUAGCAACUUUUCAGUACAAAGAUAUUACAAGAGAAUGACCUCAACGGGUCAUUUUAUGACCCACUUACACAUCUAAAGGUUAAGUAAAACAUCUCUAAAAUCUGGGGUCAUAGGUGACUUUAGUCUUUGAGUUAAAAGUUCCUAAAGAAGGUGAGGCCAUGUCACAUUUUGCGGUGUUUUCUUUGCACCAAUCUGUGUAUCAAUGUUUGAACUGCCGUGACUUUUGCAGGUUCAUUGAUAUGUACAUAUGGUCUUCAAUGGCGCAGCCCUGCGCUGAUAGAAUUCUUGAAACCAGUUAUAUGAUGGGGCAAAUUUGGUCAAAAAAUUUCUGUCCACUCUCCACCUUACUUUUUCAGCCUAAGAGGCAGAUUUUUUUUUCUAUGAUUGCCACCAAUAGAAGAUUUAAAAAUUUAGAGAAUGGUGACCGUCAGUGUCACUGAGGAAAAUAAAUUAAGAUUUCAUAUUUUGCAUUUAUGGGCAAUAUUUGAACAUGCAUUGAGCAGGCCUGAUAGGUGAAACCCCUCUGAAAGUGACCCCAGCUAGAAGAGUUCUAUAAUGUUGUUACUGAGCUAAACAAACAUCACUGUUUUCCAACUCGCUUCAAAUAAUUUUAUCAAAGAUGAUACCAUAGACAAUUUUGUUAAUCAGUCAAAUUGAAGAUGGUCAGACGGGGGGCAUUCGGUGAACGGAGACAGAAGGACCCACCUGGACCCAGAUCCCUGCUUUUCAAAUUCAAAGUUCAAUACCCGAGCAUCUCAAAAAAGUUACUAGGAAAAGUUUUAAAAAGUAGAAAAGAGAACAGAAACAGACCUAAAUGUCUUGUGGCCAUGGAUAUUUUUAUCAAAUUUUUUGGAAGUUUGAAGCUCAGCUCACUGUGACUGGUGUUUGUCUGAUCAGUGUGUGCAGUAAGAAUUUCCACGCAGUAAAAGUGGACGCAGGUUACAGCUUGGCCUCCCGAAGCAGGAGAAAGUGUGUGUGUGUUUCGUCUUUUGUUUUCCCUAGCUAGCAAUAAUCCUGCUGACAGGAAGACAGAACUGUAGGUUAGAACUGUCAGUGAUUUACAUACAGAGGCGAUGAGGUUAUUAGUGGGUCUUUUCCACUCUGCCAGAGGAGAGAAGCGUUUGUACUUUACGUACCACUCUUCAUCACAGAGGGACAUCGGGGGAGUUUGUUUCUGCAAAGUGGACACAUUGACAUUCUAGUCAAACGCUGGCGUUCAUCAGUAGUUUUCUACAUGUACACUCUCCUCCAAAACUGUUGAAACAGUGAGGCCAAUUCCAUUAUUUUUGCUGUAGACUGAAAACAUUUGGGUUUGACAUCAAACGAUGAAUAUGAGACAAGAGAUCAACAUUUCAGCUUUUAUUUCCAGGUAUUUACAUCUGGAUCUGAUUGCAUUAUUUGUAACAGAACACCACAUUUUUAGGUGAGCAAAAGUACAUAGAUUAAAGUGAAUAAGACUUAAUAUUUAGCUGCAAAUCCUUUUUGUACAACAACUGCAUCAAGCAUGUGACCCACUGACAUCACCAAACUGUUGUAUUCUUCUUUUGCGAUGCUUUUCCAGGCUUUCACCUUUUUCUCAGUCUACAGCGAAAAUAAAGGAAUUGGCCUCACUGUUUCAAUACUUGUGGAGGGGAGUGUAUAUCUGUUACUGAGAGUCAGUUUUGUUAAUUUUUCUGGAAGGAAUUUCAGGACUGACCAGAGUCUGACUUGGACUGGAUCCAAAUUAUACUUCAUUUAGGUUGGACUUAGCGUUGUCCACAAGUCUCAGGUCUGAGCGUUAUUAUGUCCAAUCCCAUAAAUGAAUCCAAGCACACAACUGACUUUUAAUACAUGAAAUGUAAUAUCCUCAAAAGAGUGUAUGAGGACAUUUCAGGAAAUCAGAUUUAUGCUGUUUGAUAACAAUUACUUGUUUGAAUUUAAUUUACAGAUAUGGGAGAGGUUAUAAAAUGAUCAUCUAUCGCCCAGUUAGUUACAAAAUGUGCAAAACGUGGCCAUACUUUUAUCAACUAGACUUCCAAGAGGUUAAUUCUCAGAAUAAGUUCCUGUGAUUUUGUCUUUGCUCUCAGGACAUUAUCAUGUUGCUGUUCUCUCCUGAUCAUCUGUUAAAUGAUAGCACCUUAUAUUGUUGGUGUUCUCUGUAUAAGCAUAUGUUUGGGAUGAUUGCAUUUUGUAUAUUUUGGAUCUGGUCUAACUUGAAUCAGGUCUGACUGACUGUGUGAACUCCAGGGUGUUGGUAGGUUUAUCCAGUAGAAACACUAUCACACAGCUGAUUCAUUUAAAGGAGUAACACUUAUCAGUCACAGUCAGCAUUAUUACACAUUAUUAUGAAGAUAAAGAGCACCGACAUCUGAGAAUAUCUUUAAAAGUGACUAGAAUUUAGUAGAAGAUCGAUGUUGAUCUGAUAGCUGUAGUUACACGUGAACUGGUGUUACAGUCUUCUGCACAGAUUGUAUACAAUCUGAAAUAUGCUGUGAAACCAGCUUGAUUUUUGCUGUGGUUUAGAGAUGGGCGAUAAAGAGUUGGGGAAAAAAACAAGGUAACCAAAGCCAGGUCAGAAAUUCAGAUGGGAAAGUCACACUUUGAAGGUUGUUAUUUCCUCCUUUCAAAGCUUUGUCAAUUCAUACUUUCAGGCAUGGUCUCAUAUAACGCACUCAAAUGGAAUGUAUUAUAUUAAGUAAUUCUACAUUUUGAUUCCAUUAAUAGUGGAAAGUCAUAGUAAACAUCUGGAUCCUGUCAGAGAUCUCUAGUCAAGUCCAGCAAUGAAGAGCAAUUUUACUGGUUUUAUAUUUCGUCCAUAAUUGUGAGUGUAUAAUUGAAUGCAUGUGUGUCCAUUGUCUGUGUUCCAUCUCUACUAUCAGUGUUUAUUUCAGUCAUCACCCCCUGAAUUCUAACAGCAACAACAAAUACAUAUAUAUGCUAAUACAGAAACAUAUAUAUUACUGUGUCAAAUAUUGGUAUUUGCAUAUAAUUAAACCUAUUGUCAGUGUUUUGAAGGAGGAGAAGAGGAAAGGUCUUACUCCAGGAUUGGUAUUUUUGUCUCUAGGAUUCCUUCCUGCUGAAGGAGAAACUAAAUGAACUCUGCAUGAAAAAAAACGCUUUUGUUUGACCUUUUUAUUAGUUAGGAUUUAUAUACAUUUAACACAUUAGGGCGGUCCAUGUUUUCUGUAUCAGCAGUGCUUCAAAAGUGUGAUCCAAGCUGCUUUUAUGUGCGCUGUGUGUGAAAAUACAUAUAUAUCUGAAGAAGAAAAAAAAGGAAAAAAUGCUUUUCACAAUGCUUUCCAUGUGCCAAAUCUUUUUUUGUUGUUGUUGUUUUCCAAAAAAAAAAUGCAGACAUACCUAAAAUAAAGAAAUUAAAAGCA